AUGCUGGCUACCAGACCUCCUUCAGGAGAUGAAUUUUUACAAACAGUUUUAUCCACAGAUGUUGAUGAUUCGUUCAAAAUAGACAGUUUACAAAAACUUAAAGCCCAUAUCAAAAGAGACAAGAUUGAUCUAGCACCUGUUCCUAAAUAUAUGGAAGCCCUUGUUGUCACAAUAAAAGAUGGAAAUCAUCAGAUACUGUCAUUAGGAUUAACAACACUUUCAUAUUUAAUUAAAAGAGUCGGAGUUCAAGACGUUCAAGACCAAUUGUUGAAAGUUCAUAGUAAUCUCGUCGUCCCAGCAUUGAUUACAAGUCUAGGCGAUACAAACCCCAAUAUCGUAUCCAUCGCAAAAAGGGCUCUUGAAACAUAUUGGCUAGGAGCAAGAAAGGAAGUUGAAGCGGUAAUUGCGAGAGAAGCAUUUAGUAGUCAUGAUUCCAAUGUAACACUUGAAUCAAUACGAUGGUUGGAUCAUAUAGUGAAAGAUAUAAGUCCAAAUAUUCGGUUAGCAUCAUUUUUAUCACAACUCGUUCAAAUUCUAGUGAAUGAUGAAAUAAAGUUGGAACUUAAGAAUGCAGCAUGGCAUUUAUUGGAGGAUUUUUAUAAAGAACGAAGUGACAGAACUGAUUUAAUACAAGAGUUUGAUGCACAGAACGUACCUUCCUCAAUUAGAACUAAAUUCAACAUGCUACUUGGAGAAAAUGAAGUCAUGAAACUAAAUUCUCCUAUCAAUACAUUUAAAGAUACACAACUUGUUCAUGCAAAUUCCCCAAAGCCUCUUGGUUUAGCUAGCAACACACAAGAAUCCAAUUCAGUUCUGAAUAAUGCACAAUUGCAGACUUUCCUGGAUAAAUUAAAUUACGAAUUAGAUACAACAAUAGAACCUUUGGAUGUAACCGACCCAGAAGCCCUUUCUGCGUUGUUCAAUGCAUAUACUCCAUGUUUUGAGGGCAAAGAAUCUGAGUUCAACUGGAAACAGAGAGAGAAUAGUAUAGUACAAAUUAGAUCCAUAUUACGUGGUAAUGCAGCAACCAUGUACGGGGAUGAAUUAAUUCUUUGCUUAAAAGAAAUGGCACUUGGGAUCUGUAAAGCUGCGAAUUCUCUUCGAACUACAUUAUCCACACAUACAUGUCAAUUGGUUAAGGAAUGUGCGAUUAUAUUGACUGCUGAGUUUGAUGGUGUCGCUGACUUACUUUUCCCAACUUUAAUAAAGCUCUGUUCAAAUGCUAAAAGCAUUACGUCGAAUAAUGCCAACAUGUGUCUUUCAGCUUUUUAUGCUAACCUCUCCUAUACUUCAAAAUUAAUACAAAGGAUCUUGGCUGCUGGAGAAGAACGUAAUUAUCAACCAAGAUCUCAUGCAUGUUUGUGGUUACAAAUAAUGUUGUUGAGAUUUGGUCUGGAUCCAAGCUUUGUUGAAAACCAUGGUUAUUAUCUUAUAGAAUCCACAUCAAAGUUGUUGAACAAACUUCUCAAAGACCCUAACCCGAAUGUCAGACAAGUCGCUAAGGGAUGUUAUUGGUGCUUUCAAAAUAUAUUUCCAGCUGAAGCGGAAAUACUCAUGAAAAAGCUUGAUACAAAUACAGUCAAAGCUCUCGAAAGAUCCAAAGCUCAAUUUCAAAAGGGAGCAAGUCAACCUCCUAGUAGUAGAGCGAUGUCGAGACCAUCACUUCGUCUAAGACAGGAUAUACCACCCAGAAGAGCGACACCAAGUGGUCCAAGAAGUGCAAAUAGAGAAGAAGUUCAUAGGGCUAAUUCAGUUCCAUUGUCAGCUAGUGCAAGAGUGCCAUCUAGACAAGCAUCUUCUCGUGUUUCCCCAGAUUUGAAUAUCGCUUCAUCAGCCAGCAAGUUUUCUCGAGCCGCAAGCUGGUCAGUUAGUCAUACAGCAAACAGUGGUGGGUUAAAUCGUCCAAAAUUACGUUCAGUUAGCGUGAAAGAGUUGCCAAAGAAAGUAUCAACCAAUCAUACCGAACAUGCACCAAAUAGUCCAGUUGAGGAAAAUGCAAGAAAGUCAUUUUCUUUCUCGAAUUAUAAAGAUCCUAUUGUUGAUUUCUUAUCUUCAUCAGAAGCAGCUGUUGUGGAAGAAGGUGUCAAGUUAUUGUGCUUUGCCAUAAAGGGGAACGAACAAUUACCCGAAGGAAUUAACCAGUCACUCAAGGAGACUUCUGUCACUUAUCCAAUGUUAUUGAAGCCUUUGUUUACAACUUCGGAAAAAAUAUUCAAUGAAAUUGCAAAAUUAUUCACCCCAUCUGAUCUAUUAAGAGUUUGCUGUCUUGUAUUUCCAAAAAUGGACGAGAAAAAUGUUAGAUUGAUAAGUUCAGCAAUGCAGUCUAAUGAAUUAUAUGAAGUCGCAGUGGAACUUUUACAUGAUUUUUCCAAUACUAAUACUAUCUACGAUACUGCUAUGGCUGUGCACGCGAUUGAUUUUGGGCAUGUUAUUUUGAGCCAAGUGGUGCAAUUUAUUCUGAUUGCAUUGAAUAUCAUCCCAAUUACGGACCAGUCUCUCAAGAAGCUUUUGACUGCAUCUAUUAGUCUAGUCAUUCAUUUGAAGGAAAAAGAAGGAUAUAAGACAUUAGGUCAAUUAUUAUGUCAACUAUACAGCAUAAAUCCAAAUGAAUUUCAAACAUCCUUAAAUCAAGCGGAUCAAGAUACAAAAGAAGAGGUUGAGAAUGUGGUUGGGUUAGAUAGUAUGUUGAUCCAUGAUAUUUCGUUGAAUAAGAAUAUCUUUGAAUUAACGGAAGUUCGACCUACUGAGGCAGCAAAAUUUGUUAAUAUGUCUCCUGUGAAGAUGCCGGUUGAUUUUACUAUGAUUGUUCCACAAAGACCACAACGACAACAGCAACCAGUUUUCCAACCACAAGAAACAAUUCUGCGCACUCCAAGCACGAUUGAAGUCGACGAGAAUUCCAAAGGCGACACAGAAGUAAGAAAUACGGAAGCGGUAGUUGAAAAUGAGGAGGAAAUGGUUGAGGAAGUUGAUGAUAAUGUCCUGGUUGAUGAUCUGUUACGACGUGAAGCGGCUGGUUUAUCCGACGAUUUUGCCCAAGUGACAAUUGACGAUGAACGUGCACCACCAGCGAGUGAUAAAAUGAUCGGGAUCCAGAAUAUGUUAGAAAUGAUGGAUCCAUUAAGACCACUCUCGAACAAAGCCAAGAAAAUAUCAAUCUAUGAAGACAUUACAGUACCCGAUGAGGAGCAAGAAGAGAACCAAAGUGUAGAUACUUGGGAAUGUACAUAUCUGGCUAAAUAUGAUGAUCAUGAAAUUUUCAUGGAAUCGCAUAAUUGGGAUAUUGAACUAUUUAAAUCAUGUUGUUUGGAUUUUGCCCAAAAGCAAAACAUAACUGACAAUGCAUUGAGAUUAAUACGUUCUUUAAAAUUGCUUCCUGCCAGUUCGGUUGAAUUUCAUGAUUAUUUCAUAAACGGAGGUAGAUAUACAUUGGCAAACUGUAUUUGGUCCUAUUUUGAAGAUUUGAACAAUUUGAAUACAUUUGAAAUCAUGGAUGGAUUAGCUUUAUUUAAUCAGAAUUUGAAAUAUGAUGAUACUAUAGAUAUGACAAGAGUCUGGGCAUUGCUCAACAAAACGUGUAAAGAUCAACAAUUCCAAAGUGAGAUUGCAUACAUUUGGAAUGAUAUUCUUCACAAUGUGUCACAAUUGGGUAAUAAAACAAUGGAAGAGUUGGCAUUACAAUGUUUGGAAACUGGAGAUGCGGAUGCUUGUGUUCGACUUAUUUGUUUGAAUUAUUUAUCAAAAGUAUUAUCUCAAAGUACUACUUUAGAUAGCACGAAAGUCCGUAGGAUAGAUCAUAUUUUUGGGAAAUUGUUAACUCUGAAUCAAGUUGACUUUAGAAUGUUGGCAACUGUAUGUUAUGGAAGUUUGAUUAGGAAUGGUGGUCUUGCCCCAGAUGUUAGAAAUACAUUGAACGAGAUGAAAUCUAAACGACCUGUAUCACAACAGAAAUUAAUUGAUAUGUUUAGUAGUCAAGCAGAAUAG